AGUGAUGCAUCGUGUUUGUAUUUAAGACCUAACCCUAGCGCUAACAAUAAGAUAUUCAGUUCUCUGUUUCCCCCAAAUUAGGACGGAGUAUCGUAUCUCGCUGUGGUUGCCUCUUCAAUUCUAAGGAAUCGUUGACAUUAUUUUCAUUCACUGACUUGGUAGGUACUUUAUAGUUUGGCUUGUUAAUUGUUUGUGUUGUGUUGCUCUGUUCCUAUUUUGAGUUGAUUUCUUAGAAUUUUGGAAUUGUUUAACUUUGAUGAUGAAGAUGAAGAGACAGAGAGAAGAAGAUCGGGACAGGGAUAGUCUCAGUAACUUGCCUGAUGAGGUUUUGCUCCAUAUAAUGAAAUUUAUAAGCAUAAAAGAUGCCGUUCAGAUUUGUGUCUUAUCUAAAAGGUGGAAGGACCUUUGGAAAGAUCUCACUAUUCUCAAAUUCGAUAAAUCCCUAGUUUUUGAUGAUGCAAUUUUUGAAAUAUUUGUGUCUUCGAUUCUGUCUAAUCGUCAUCACUCCACAUCCAUACAUCGUCUUGAUUUCAUCACAGGGUGGCAUAGAUCCAUUGGGUCCGAAUUGUUUAAUAGGGUCAUGAGUUAUGCUGUGUUGCACAAUGUCCAGCAGUUGACCAUCGGUAUGCAAUCCAAUAUCGUUUUUGAGCCGAUAUGGUUUUCGUGUCGUUCUUUGACAUUUCUUAAGGUUUCCUUUAUUAAUUACAGACAGAGGAUAGAAAUUCCGAAAUAUCUGCAAUUGCCGGCAUUAAAAAUCUUGCAUCUUGACCUUGCAGUGUUUACUGCAAGUGACAAUGACUGUGCUGACCCCUUUUCAACCUGUAACAUGUUGAAUACAUUGAUCCUUCGUAGCUUUCGUUUGGAUGAUGAUGUUAAAGUCCUUCGAAUAUCUAAUUCUAACCUUUCUAGAUUGAUCAUAGGCCAUCAUCACUCUGGACAACCACCAGUUUACAAAAUUGAGAUUUCUACUCCAAAUCUCAAUUCUCUUACUAUCAUUGGGUUUCGGCGGCAUUCAACUACUGAUGCAGGUUUAGAUGUUAGGACAGAUUCAGUCAUUGUAAACUGGUUGCAUGUGCUGGCAAAUGUAAAGAUAAUGACACUUGCUUCAUGCACACUUUGUACAUUAUUAAAUGAUCUCUCAAAAUCCGGUUUGACUAGAACACAACCUCCUUGCUUUGCUAGAUUGGAGGCAUUGAAAGUGAAAAAGCUACCAUCUGUAAAAGUGCUUGAUGAGGAGAAACAAGAUGGGAUACUGCAGUACCUACUGCAGAACUCUCCAUUGGCCAGAGUUGAGUUCAUUACAUAAUUCCUAGUGGCUGAACAAAUCAUAGUUGUCAGUAGCGGCCCGUAGUGCCGCUAUCGUAGCGGGUAGUGGCGGUUGGCCGCUACAAACCGCGACGCUACGCGAUAUUGGCUGUAGUGGAAGGUAGCGGCAUAGCGUAGCGGCAAUACCGCUACACCACUCCCAUUUUGGAAUUUGAUGGAGAAUCCGGAGAUGAUGAUGAUUUUCUUCAUUAGUUCACUUCUUGUACUUGACUAUUUGACAAUUUUAUUGUUCAUUUGUGUUUA